CUGCUCGACGAAGUAACAUCUCGUCCCGGUGUCAUUCCGUACGCGCGAUCGCGACAAAAAGAGCGACGUUCACGCAGAGUUCUGACUUUUGUUUUUCUUUACUAAUUAGAUCGACCUCGAAUCAUCGAAAAUUUUCGCGCGACGAAAUGAGAACUAACACUAUUCCUAAUUCUAUAUCUUCGAUAUAUGUCUCGGUUGUCCUACUAAUAACCUUGAUUUCCGUCAACGAGAAGGCGCAGGGCAUGUCGAUACAAAGUGAAACAUUGAAAAAUACCGGCCGUAGGAGCGUCGAUUACGAUCGCAAACAUGCGUUGAUCCACUGUAUCACCUUGGGACAAGCUUGCUACGGCGGUUACGGGAAGAGAUCUUAUUCGAAAAUAGAGCGCGAUUCGUUAGAAGAAAGUAUCAAUCGAAAUCUCAUAGAAUCCAACAAGAUACAACGCGGUUUAUUGGAAAAAAGUAUUGAUCAAAAUCUUGUAGAAUCCAAGAUACCAUCGACAAACGACGAGCUUUUUUCUAUUCUUCCGAACGAAGAGUUUCGGGAACGAUUAGACCAGCAUUACACACGGAUUCGCAAAGACAUUCAACGACUCAACUCUUCUCCUCUAUCGUCCUUGGUUAAUCGAUUGAUAGCAAUCCACAAUCGUCCACAUCAUCGCAUAGACUCGGACUUCACUAAUAAGUAAAAAAGAUGCACACACCAAAACGUGACACUUGCAUAUGUCAAGACCAGGCUGAUUCGACAAGAAAUUGAUAUCGUUUAAAUUAUUUUCUUAUUGCGCUUAUAAUAAGGUAUUUAGUUAAGAUAAUUAAUUUUACCAUUGUUUGCAUUAUCAUUUACACUUACCAUUGUUUAUACUUAUUCGUAUACACUUCAAAUAAUCGCGUGACAAUCACUUCUCUCUGGUGCAAACACAAAAUAUAUACAUAAUUUAUUGCAAAAUACAAAACUAGGAAGAGAUUUUGAUAUUUAGAUGUUAUCGGUAUUAAUUAUCUUCAUAUUUUCAUAUAAAUUGUAUGUUACAGUAUAUAUUUUAGUCAGCUAUACAUUUAAUUACUUUCAUGUUAGAUUAUUAUUAUUAUUAUUACUAUAAAAACUACUUAUCUGUUUAAUCUAACAAAGAUAAUACGUAGCUUCUCUCAAAAUUGCAAUCUUUUGAACGCAUAUAAAUGUUCCGUUACGGAUAUUAUCUCAGUAGAUAAACACAAACAUGCCGACAAUUAAGAGUGUAAAUUAUACGUCGGUUAUGUUGUAACAGCAAGAAUUUUAGCAGUUUCUCACUGUCUGCUUUCAAAAAAUCAAUAAGAUAUUAUACAAUCGGACAAUGUUUCAACUAUCGAACAACAAUUUGUUCCGUACAAACAUGAUAAUACGCCACACUAGUUAGCAGUAUCAGAAGUUAUCUGUUGGCAAAGUGAAUAUAAAUAUAUAGAUAAAUAAAUAUCAUUAAGUUCCA